GCCGUGCAUCCGCACAGGAAGAGGACCGCGUCACAUGGGAGUGUGUGCAUGUGCAUAUGAGGGUGUGUGUUCGGGCCUCCCACCGUCGCCCGCUCAUCCCGUUCUGACAUGGCGGGGGUCAGAGAGCGCAGCUCACAGAGACAGCGGCCAUGGUCGGUGUACCGGGCCAACACGUUCGAGCUGUCCAGUGAGAUGAUCGGAUUGGCUCUCGCAGGGAAUGUUCAGGACCCAGAUGAGCCCGUGCUGGAGUUCAGUGUUGUGUGCACAGACCUGGUGACACCUGCUUUGGAUCGAAAACCCAACAGCUUUGUGGCAGUGAGCUGCACGACGCCACCACAGGCCUUCUGGACCAAACACACACAGACUGAAGUCAUAGAGGGCACCAGUAAUCCCAUCUUCCUCAGCAGCAUCGCCUUCUUCCAGGACUCGUGCAUCAACCAUCAGACGCAGGUGAAGCUGGCCGUCUAUGACGUGAAGGACCGCUCGCAGAACACGAUGUACAUAUUGGGCUCUGCGCUUUUUUCUCUGAAGGAAUUACUACAAGAGAAGAGCCACAGAUUACAGCUGGAACUGCGUUCGCUACAGAACAAGCAGGUUGGGAGCAUUGCUGUGGCGGCAUGGCAGUUGGAGGAGAGGUCAGAUCCGAGGAUGUCCGUCGGACAUCUGCCAGACAUCAUUAACGGGCGGACUGUGCUGACUGUAGAUGAGAGCCUGACGGAGUCCAUGGGAGUCCGGGUCAAAUACGCCUCGCUAUGUAAAGACACCCUGCUACGCUCAGUGUUUGGAGGCGCCAUGUCCAGGAUGUACCGCUUACCCUCCACUGACGGGAACCACCUGCGGGUCCUGGAGCAGAUGGCCGAGAGCGUCCUGUCACUCAACAUUCCUCGACAGUUUGUCAAACUGCUGCUGGAUGAGGACACAACCAGGGUGUGCGAGCUGCAGGAGCUGGGAGAGUUAUCCCCCUGCUGGGAGAGUCUGCGGCGUCAGAUCAUCUCUCAGCACCAGUCUAUGAUACAAAGAUACCAGGAAACGCUGUUUGACCUCAGCAGCUACAGAGGUCCAUCGUUUAAAGCCAGUAACCUGAAGGCAGAGAGGAAGCUGGAGUUCAUGCCAACCAACCUCCACGUGCAGAGGAUGAGGGUGCAGGAUGAGCUGGGCUUCGAGCACACGUAUGAUGUGGUAACGAUCGGCGCUCCGGCUGCUCACUGCCAAGGUUUUAAAAACGGUGGCCUGAGGAAGCUCGUGCAGAAGUUUGAGGAGGCAAAGAAACACGUUUAUGAGGAGGGAUGCAGCGCCAUCUCUAGCUCGCAGUCCAUCGUUUACACCCCACAGGACAUUGUUCGAGCCAAAGAGAUCAUCUCCCACAUCAACACGCUCAAGACUCAAGUUAGCUACUACUCUGAGAGGCUUUCCCGAGCUGCCAAAGACCGGUCAGCCAGUGGGCUGGAAAGAACGCUUGCUAUUCUGACUGAUAAGACACGUCAGCUAGUGACAGUGUGCGACUGCAAGCUGCUGACUUUGGCCAUUCAGGCUUUGGAUGCUGCACGACCCGAGUACAUUGCCUCGAAAGCAUCUCCUUCCACCGAAUCCGAACAGGUAGUCCUCCGCAAUGACCAGGACACCCUGCUCGCCAAGUGGAGCGGUUGCAACAGUCGUUCAUCGCUGCAUGUGGACUGGCACGAAGAGGAAUGGGAGAAAGUGUGGGUGAACGUGGAUAAAUCUCUGGAGUGCAUCAUCCAGCGAGUGGACAAGCUGCUUCAGAAACAGAGGAGACCCAGCAUGGACAGUCGGGACAGUACUCAGAGUGACCAACAGGGCGACAGCACCAAGAAAGGUGACAAUAAAACACGAGCUUUCUGGAUCAACCCUGGAAGUUCAUCACAAGACUCCCCUUCACCAUCAUCCUCAUCAUCAGAGCCACCUCUACCAUCCUCAUCAUCAGCACCCGCCCUUUCUUCUGCACGCCCCCCCAGCCCUGAACAAACGAACUAUGGAAGCCCCUGUGCUGAGGAAGCGUACCCAGGUGAGUGGAGCGAGGCGUUGUACCCCCUCCUCACCACGCUCACGGAGUGCGUCUCCAUGAUGAGCGACAAGGCCAAGAAGUCCAUGGUGUUCCUGCUGAUGCAGGACAGCGCCCCCACCAUCGCCAUGGACGUGUCGCUGCAGUACCGCCGGGAUGUCGUCUUCUGCCAGACGCUCACCGCCUUGAUCUGCGGCUUCAUCAUCAAACUGAGGAACUGUCUCUGGGACAAUGGCUUCCUGCGGCAGCUCUACACCAUCGGCCUGCUGGCUCAGUUUGAGUCCCUGCUCAGCACCUACGGAGAGGAGCUCGCGAUGUUGGAGGACAUGAGCGUUGGCGUCAUGGAUCUGCGCAACGUCACCUUUAAGGUCACCCAGGCAGCUGGAAGCUCCGCCCCCGACAUGCUACCCAUCAUCACAGGGAACAGGGACGGCUUUAACGUUCGCAUCCCGCUGCCGGGGACCAUGUUUGACGCGCUGCCGCGUGAGAUCCAGAGCGGGAUGUUGCUGAGGGUGCAGCCGGUUCACUUCAACGUCGGCAUCAACGAGCAGCAAACGCUGGCUGAGAAGUUUGGAGACACAUCACUGCAGGAAAUCAUCAACUCGGAGAGUCUCUCCAGGCUCAACUCGUACUACGAACAGUUCAAGGAAGUCCUGCCUGAGGACUGUCUCCCGAGGUCUCGUUCCCAGACCUGUCUCCCUGAGCUGCUGAGGUUUCUGGGCCAGAACGUCAACGCCAGGAAGAACAAGAACGUGGACAUCCUCUGGCAGGCUGCCGAGAUCUGCCGCCGGCUGAACAGUGUUCGCUUCACCAGCUGCAAGAGCGCCAAAGACCGCACAGCCAUGUCUGUGACGCUGGAGCAGUGUCUCAUCCUGCAGCACGAACACGGCAUGGCGCCGCAGGUCUUCACACAGGCCCUCAACUGCAUGCGCAGCGAGGGCUGCAGGCGAGAAAACACGGUGAAGAACGUGGGCUGCAGGAAGUACGCCUUCAACUCGCUGCAACUCAAAGCCUUUCCCAAACACUACCGACCGCCGGAUGGCACCUAUGGCAAAGUGGAAACCUGACUGGACCUCGUGGAGGAGCCCGCCAGGACUGCAGAGACUUUUCCGGACUUGUUACUCAAAUAUGAGACUGAGGAAGGUUCAAACAUUUCAGAUGUUCAUCACCUGGUGACGUAGCAGAGGUUUAUUCUGAGAGACAGAGCGGAUCUCAGUGUUUUAAAAUACUGUUAUAUUAUUCAGUUCAUGAUAAACAUGUUUUAUCUCUGUCUCAAAUUAACAAAGCACUUACAUGAAAUGCUGUUGAUUGAAAAAUAAAAAAAAAACGAGUAUCUUAAGUAAUUACAA